GAUGCGGUCCGACUGGAAACACGGACGCAACGUGACUUAGGACCGUUAGCCGAAGCAUCACAGCCUCGCGCCGUGAUAACAGGUGUUUAACUGGCUCAUAUAACUCAUUAGAUGGUGAUUUGAUUGUAAGACGCUCAAAUCGAAAGGAAAUCCGGCUAUUUCAGUCAUGUCUUUCCAGCAGGAUCGCGGGGGUCCGAGAGGAGGGAUGCCCCCCGGCCAGCACGGCUCCCCUCAGAACUACCAUCCCGCCAACCUGAGGCCGCCCACCCCGCAGCCUCCGGCUCCCCCGUACCACUACGACCCACAGACCCCCCCUGGUUCGGGUUAUCAUGGCGGUACGGGCUUCAUGCCCCCACACCCCGACUUUAUGCAGUACCCUCCUCCAGCGCCAUCGCAGGCUCCCGGUUCUCUUAAUCAGUGCCCGCUGCGCCCGCCUUUCCCUAAGCCCCCUCCUCGCCAGGGCUUUCCUGAACCCCCACCAAAUUUCCCCCCUCCCCCCUUGCCCAGCUCGACAGGCGGUCCGACUCCAGGCUCCCAGGUGUCGGCGCAGAGCGCCUAUCACCCCUACAUGAUGCCACCUGUGCCCCCGCCCCCACUGCCGCACCCCUCCAUGCCUCCCCCCAUGACCUCUCAGUCCAUGAGCUACCACCCUCCGUACCCCGUGAACUACCCUCCGCACCCUCCUUUCCCUCCUCCCCCCUUCGGCCCCGGCUACGCUCAGGGCGCCGGCCCCUUUCAGCCAGACCGCGGCGUCAGACACGGGGGGCCGUACGCGUACGACAAGCCCAUGGACAGCAGGAGGUCCCCGGAGAGAGGGUACCGGCACGACGACCACCGGCAGAAGGGCUACGGCUACAGCGACAGGCACAAGAUGGAGUUUGGCGGAGAGAGGAAGGACCGCGGCAGGAGUCCGGACAGGCGGGGGAGGGCAGAAGGGGGGCGCUACAAAGCCGACUACGACAGAGGGAGGAGUCCGCCCAGACACAGGAGCAGAGAGAGAAGCAGGGAGAGGUACCGCCACAGAGACGGUCGACGGUCCCAGUCCCCCGACAGAUACAGGAAGAGGCCUCGCAGCCGCUCGGCGAGCCGAGACAGGAAGCGCUGCCGCUGGGAGGAGGAGAAGGAGCGCAGGUCGGAGAGCUCCUCGGGGCCGAGCAGGGAGCGAAGCUACUCCUCGCUCCGGAGCCGAGACUCCGACGAGGCGUUCGCCGAGCGGGAGCGCCAGCGGGAGAGGGAGAAGGCCGAGGAGGAGAAGGAGGAGGAGGAGCAGCAGCUGCUGAAGCCCGCAUGGAUCCGCUGCACUCACGCCGAGAGCUACUACUCCAACGACCCCAUGGACCAAGUGGGCGACUCCACGGUCGUGGGCACCAGCAAGCUGCGCAACCUGUACCAGCGCUUCCAGGACGAGCUGGGGGGCAGGCAGGAGCGGGCCAAAGCCGCUCGACCCAAAUGGGAGCCGCCCAAGACCAAACUGGACGAGGAUCCAGACGACAGCAGCAGCGACUCGGAGUGCGAGUCCGACGCCGACGGCAGCAGCUGCUCCAGCAGCUCCGACUCGGAGGUCUUCGACGUCAUCGCCGAGAUCAAGCGGAAGAAGGCGCAUCCUGACCGGCUGCACGAGGAGCUGUGGUACAACGACCCCGGCCAGAUGAAUGAUGGCCCCCUGUGUAAGUGCAGUGCCAAGGCCAGACGUACAGGGAUCCGCCACAGCAUCUACCCGGGAGAGGAGCCUGUGAAACAGUGCCGUCUGAUGAGCAACAACGCCGGGAAGCUGUUCCACUACCGGAUCACGGUGUCUCCGCCCACAAACUUCCUGACCGACAGGCCGACGGUGAUCGAGUACGACGACCACGAGUAUCUGUUCGAAGGCUUCUCUCUGUUCUCCCACACUCCUCUCACCAGCAUUCCAUUGUGCCGAGUGAUCCGCUUCAACAUAGAUUACACCAUUCACUUCAUAGAGGAGAUGACACCGGAGAACUACUGCGUCCAAGGGCUGGAGCUGUUUGCCUCCUACUUGUUCCGGGACAUCCUGGAGCUGUACGACUGGAACCUAAAAGGUCCUGAUUGCGACGCCGAGCCUUCUGGAUGCCAGCGCUUCCACUUCAUGCCCCGUUUUGUCCGAUUCCUACCAGACGGUGGGAAGGAGGUGCUGUCCAUGCACCAGGUGCUGCUGUACCUGCUGCGCAGCAGCAAGGCGCUGGUCCCCGAGGAGGAGAUCGCAGACAUGCUGCAGUGGGAGCAGCUGGACUGGCAGAAGUACGCCGAGGAGUGCAAGGGCAUGAUCGUCACCAACCCCGGCAUGAAGCCCAGCUCGGUGCGCAUCGACCAGCUGGACAGGGAGCAGUUCAACCCGGACGUCAUCACCUUCCCCGUCAUCGUCCACUUCGGCAUCCGGCCCGCUCAGCUCAGCUACGCUGGAGACCCUCAGUACCAGAAGCUGUGGAAGAGUUACGUGAAACUGCGCCACCUGCUGGCCAACAGCCCCAAGGUCAAGCAGAUCGACAAGCAGAAGCUGACUCAGAGAGAGGAAGCGCUUCAGAAGAUCCGGCAGAAGAACACGAUGCGGCGCGAGGUGACGGUGGAGCUCAGCAGCCAGGGCUUCUGGAAAACCGGCAUCCGCUCCGACGUCUGUCAGCACGCCAUGAUGCUCCCGGUUCUCACCCAUCACAUCCGAUACCACCAGUGCCUGAUGCACCUGGACAAGCUCAUCGGCUACGUCUUCACGGACCGCUGCCUCCUGCAGCUGGCCAUGACUCACCCCAGUCACCACCUCAACUUUGGCAUGAAUCCCGAUCACGCUCGCAACUCGCUGUCCAACUGUGGCAUCCGGCAGCCCAAAUAUGGCGACAGGAAGGUCCACCACAUGUACAUGAGGAAAAAAGGAAUCAACACGCUGAUUAACAUCAUGUCCCGUCUGGGGCAGGAUGACCCGUCUCCUUCCAGGAUCAAUCACAACGAGAGACUGGAGUUCCUGGGCGAUGCUGUUGUCGAGUUCCUCACCAGCGUGCACCUGUACUACCUGUUCCCCAGUCUGGAGGAGGGCGGCCUGGCCACCUACAGGACGGCCAUCGUUCAGAACCAGCACUUAGCCAUGCUGGCCAAGAAGCUGGAGUUGGAUCGCUUCAUGCUCUACGCCCACGGACCCGACCUGUGUCGGGAGUCGGACCUUCGCCAUGCCAUGGCCAACUGCUUCGAAGCCCUUAUCGGGGCUGUUUACCUAGAAGGAGGCCUGGAGGAGUCCCGGCUGCUCUUUGGCAGACUGCUGUUCAACACUCAGGACCUGCGGGAGGUCUGGCUCCACUACCCACCACACCCCCUGCAGGUGCAGGAGCCUCAGUCUGACCGGCAGCUAAUUGAGACGUCUCCGGUUCUUCAGAAACUCACCAGCUUUGAGGACUCGAUUGGGGUUUUGUUCACGCAUGUCCGCCUGCUGGCCAGAGCGUUCACCCUGAGAACCGUAGGCUUCAACCACCUCACCCUGGGCCACAACCAGAGGAUGGAGUUCCUCGGAGACUCCAUCAUGCAGCUGGUAGCCACCGAAUAUCUCUUCAUCCACUUCCCCGACCACCAUGAAGGACACUUAACUCUUCUCCGCAGCUCGUUGGUGAACAACCGCACUCAGGCCAAGGUGGCAGAAGAGCUGGGCAUGCAGGAGUACGCCAUCACCAACGACAAAACCAAGAGGCCCGUCGCGCUGCGCACCAAGACCCUGGCUGACCUGUUGGAGUCUUUCAUCGCCGCUCUCUACAUCGACAAAGACCUGGAGUACGUUCACACCUUCAUGAACGUCUGCUUUUUCCCUCGGCUGAAGGAGUUUAUUUUGAACCAGGACUGGAACGACCCCAAGUCUCAGCUGCAGCAGUGCUGUUUGACCCUGAGAACAGAGGGCAAGGAGCCCGACAUCCCGCUGUACAAGACCUUGCAGACGGUGGGGCCCUCGCACGCCCGGACGUACACGGUCGCCGUGUACUUCAAAGGAGAGCGCAUCGGCUGUGGCAAAGGCCCAAGCAUCCAACAGGCUGAAAUGGGAGCUGCAAUGGAUGCACUGGAAAAAUAUAACUUCCCACAGAUGGCUCAUCAGAAGCGCUUCAUCGAGCGGAAAUACCGUCAAGAGCUGAAGGAGAUGAGACGCGAGCGGGAGCGGCAGGAGAAGGAGACCGACGAGGCGGCGGAGGGCAGGAAGUGACGGCGCCGCGUUCGCUGGCUCGAGAAGCGGAAAAGUGGCAGCGGUUCAGGCGAGAGUUAGCGAAGACGAGGUACAACAAGUUGAUCAUGAGGCUGAGAUGGUGUUAGGGUGAGACAGGAAGCGAGAAAUGUUGUGUUUUACUCUGGAUUUCAGCUGUCACCCUGUUGUUUUCUGCUUUUACGGUGAAAAAGCACUUUUAAAACAACCGCAGGACCUCGUUGUGUUGCAGAAACAAGCUAACAGUAAGAAAUAUGGACGUUUUUGUAACAUGGGAUGUGAGAUGUUUAAUAAAGCUUUAAAAUAAUUCUCCAACAA